AUGCAGAUUUUGCCGAUACAAAAGAUUGUUGCUUUAUCCACUACAGAAGCAGAUUACGUGGCAAUCACCGAGGCUAGCAAAGAAAUGAUCUGGUUACAAGGGUUGUUGGCAGAAUUGGGUUUUGAUCAGACGAAGAAUGUCUUGCACAGCGAUAGUCAGAAUGCAGGGCAGGUGAAAUCUGCUCUCUUCAUGUUGGAUAUCGGCCAAAACGAUAUCUAUUACGACAGCAAUGCCCUAACUCCCCAACAAGUGCUCGAAAGAGUCCCCAGAAUCGUCUCCAACAUUGGGGAGGCUAUGCAGAAGCUAUACCAGCUGGGUGGGAGAAAUUUCUGGGUGCACAACACGGGGCCGUUGGGCUGUUUGCCUGCCAUCGUAGCCCGCAUAAAUGCAUCCACGGUGGUGGACGACUACGGCUGCGUUUCCGACAGGAACAAAGCAGCUGCCGCCUUCAACUCCCAGCUUGCGCGUCUCUGUCGGGAGCUGCAGUCGGAGAUGAGCGACGCCACCAUCGUCUACGUCGACGUCUACUCCAUCAAGCUGGACUUGAUCGUCAACGCGACAUCCUAUGGGUUCGAGAAUCCCUUCGUGGAGUGCAAGCGUAAGGGGCAGAGUGUGUGCCCGGAGGGAUCGCGCUAUGUGAACUGGGAUGGAUUUCAUUACACAGACGCGGCUAAUAUGUUGGUUGCGUCUAAAAUACUCUCCACCAAUUUCUCUACUCCUCCACUUCCAUUUCAUUUUUUUUGCAAUUAAUCUACUCUGGUUAGUCUCCACUAAAUUUGUAAUAAUCCUCCGGCUUGCAUUGG